AUGGCUUCAUUAUCGAGUGCAGAAUACGUAAAACUACUCAUUUCGAUUUCGAAUAAUAUUGAUUUAUACAUGAGUGUAACAUUUUUCGUAUUCGGUCUAGUCAAUGCGGUGCUGGUCAUUUUGAUUUUCACGCGACCUGCCUUUUAUAAAUCUCCUAGUAGUAUAUACAUAUUGACGCGAGCAAUAUGUGAUAUAAUUUUAUUACAUAUUGUAACGUUCUCUCGUGCCUAUACAGGUGGUACAGGUAUAAAUGCAACUUUAACCAAUGAAAUAUGGUGUAAAAUACGAGCAAGUAGCUUUAACUUGUUUACGUGUUUUUCAUUUGGUUGUAUAUAUCUCAAUGGAUUUGAUCAAUGGGUAUCCACUGCUAGAAGCGUCCAAAGACGACAAUGGAGUUCGAAAAAAUUGGCUUAUGUUGCUGUUUUAAUUCUCUUAAUUGUUUUAUUUGGAUUAAUUGGUAUACCCAUGUUUAUAAUAUAUUCGCCAACAGCAACAUCAUCUGCUUGUACUUUCAAAACAACAGCUUUUGCAGAUUAUUAUAAUUUCUUUUUUGCUCCCAUGGUCUUUUGUGCAUUACCGAUAGUAAUACCAGUUAUUUUUGGCAUCUUAACAUACCGUAAUAUUCGUUUAUUAACCAAUCGUGUUCAUCGUAUUGAGCAACAACUAACAAAAAUGCUUUUGUUACACUUUAUAAUAACUUCAGUAGUUUCUAUUCCUUAUGCUAUAUUUACUUUUUACAACGCCGCUACACUUCGUAUGCAAAAAGAUUCCUUGCGUUUAGCCCAAGAAUAUUUAUACUCAACUAUCACUCGAAACUUUUUUCAAGUUCAUUAUGCCGACACUUUUUACAUUUUUUUCAUCUCAUCCAGUGAAAUACGCGAAACAUUGAAAAAAAAUCUUUUACAAAUGAUUUGCAGAACUCGAAUAGUUCCUGUAACAGCAGAAAUGAUUGUUCAUCGUCGGCAGCAGGUGGUCGGUACUACAACACAAAGAUCAGUUCAAUCCAUUCCAGUUGUGUAUUUAACCAAGAGCUACGUUCAAUGA